AGGUGUGGACUGAAAAUUUAGAACAAAUUGCAUCAUGGCAAGCACAUCCCGUCAACGUUUACUCGAUCGCAGUACUAGACGAUACCCUCUAUUCCUGUUCCAAUGACGGGACCAUCAAGUCCUGGCAGUAUGGGACGUGGGAGUUCAAGAAAAACCUAAUGGAAAACCAAUCGGACGAGAUCAUCAAGCUGUGUGCCGAAGAGGGAAAGCUCUACGCAGGCAACACGCAAGGAGAGAUCUUUGUUUUCCAAAAUGAUGAAUUGGUUGCUACAUAUUCUCUUCAUGAAGAUAUCAUGGACUUCAUUGUAAUUGGACCUCUCGUAUUCAACGCCAGAAAUGUGGAUAUUUCAGUAACUGAAAUGAUGGGAGGACCGAGGUUCAAUUACAUGUCCAGAGGUGCAAUGAUUGGCAGAUUCCCGGUGAGAUUAGUUGGUGAUAAGGUUUGCUUCCUCAGCCGCUGUGCCAAAUGUGUCUAUGUGCAUGCGAAUUCCAAGGAGGACAAAUUCAAGAGGAUUGCUGAAAUCAAGGCCCAUGAUAUGACCAUUACCGGAAUGUGCCAUCUGCCUGGAAAGGAGCACAUCAUGCUGACUGGAGGAUAUGAUAGAGUCGUCAAAGCCUGGGACCUCAACACAAAGAAGAAACUCGCACAGCUUGACAUUGGAGUGUGCAUGAACGAAAUCCACCCAGGACCCCCCGGCCAAGUUUACAUUACUGGCUCUGACGGUUUCAUCGUUCGUAUGGAAUGCAGCAUCUAACUUGUCAUUGUUCUUUAUUAUUGGAAGGAAACUUAGGUUUUAAUCCUGACAAAAAGUGUUCAAAAAAUUGUUCCCAAAAACUUGAGAUGGAGUCGGUCAUGAUGUGUAUGGGGAGGUUACAUUAGUUAAGGUUAUGGGGUUUCUAUGUAUCAGUGCAGUUUCAAUUUAUAAAUAUAUAAAGACAGAGAAUGGAAUAUUCCACCUUUUGUUUAUUUUAACCAUUUUUGUCAAUAAGUAUGUACUUUCAGUAUUAGGAUUUACCUAUCCCUCUGUGUACCAAGGAUGGCAGACACUGGUUGGAGCUUUCAUUCUCUUGUACCUGAGGCCAAGCCUAUUUAUGUCAAAUGAAGAGAAUAACAGACUCACCUGUUUCAAUUUUUUCAAAAUAUUACCAAACCUUCUCAUUUAUGUGGGAUCUAUCGUCAGUGGUUCCAAAGCUUUGUCUUCAAUUCCUGUUCCAUUAUUUAUUUGUGCACAGAAUACGUCAGCAGUAUGCGUUAUGUUGUGUACUUUGAAGAAUGUCAAUUUGUUCGACUUCAUUCUUUCGAUUACUGCUCUUGUUUCAUCACUUUUUCUCUUUCUGUACAUUGAAAUUGUGAUGCCCUUUGGAUAUCAUCCAUGGCCAAUAUUUUUUAUGCUCACUACAACACUUGUGGAGCUCACUACUCCCUCUUAUGAGAGUAAUGCAAAAGAAAUAUCUAAACUGUAUUACAGAAAUAUAUUCAGUUUCAUCAUCCUAAUGCCAUCCAGCCUCUAUCUUGGUGAAGCGUUUUCAGCACUUCAGUUCAAGUACCUCGAUCAGGUAGGUUUCUAUGCUUGCUGUACUGUUAGUGGCAUAUGUGGCAUUUUCCUUCAAUUGUAUUCUGUCAGACUACUGAAGAAGAAACAGUUUAAUAAUAACUUUAUGUUCGCUCGUAUUACAACACUUUUGAUUUCUCUCCUAUUUUUUAAUUCUUCAUUAAUCACAAUUCCCCUGUGGUUACUCAUUUUUGUCCAGUGUAGUUCGACACUGAUGUUCAUCUACAACUCUCAUUCUAAUGAUAAUAAUGGAAGCCAAGAAUUUCUAAUCUAAUUUAAACUCUUUUGAAGUUAAUCACUUUAUUUAUUUUUUAUCUUCGUUAAUUUAUUUAUUUAU